UUUGUGCGUUUUCAGAGUUUCAGGCUAAAUAUGGCUGCGACUGACAGCUCAGGAGGGUCGUCAAGUCCUGUCAAAGUCGGAUUUAACUUGAACAAAACGUCGGAGAAAUGGAAACGGCACAUAGUUCUACAGCUCAGACAUCGGGACAAGACUCAGAAGUUCAUGUUCCAGGAUGUCAUAAGCUCGUAUAUCAAACUGUUAGACAGAUCCAACCAGAAAGCUCAGAUUACACAAGGCUUUCAAAAGGAGGCGCUAGGCCGAGCUGACAGCACUACCAUAUACACUGUUUUUAAAUAUGCCUUUUUAAAAGUGCUCAAACAUCACAAAUGCUUAACCAAGGUAGAAUUCCAGGGCGUCCGUCCAGAAAUUGUACAGCAGGCAGCACCAAGAACCACAUCAUGCGACUCCAAAGAGCUAAUGCUUGCCAGACAUCAGGAUAUAGUGACAGAGCUUCGGAAGACUGGGGGAGAGUUAGCUUACCAGAUUGUGGAACUGAACCAGAAGGCUAAACUCAAAGACUCUGUAUUGGAAGAGCAACAUACCAGUUUGUCUGAGCUGAAGAGGCGGUUGGGAGAGGUGGAGGAUGAGUGGAGGAGCCUGCAAAGCCGUAUCCAGGUGGUGGAGGGAGGGAACCGGGCUUUGAAACAGACGUACGAUACCCUGCUGCAGCAGCACCAGGAGCUGGACGAUAAGUAUCGGCAGGAAAAAGUACAAGGCUCCGAGCUCCUGGAGGAUCUUAUUCGAGUGAAGGAGUUGGCGGCUGAGAACAUGAACCACAAGAACGAGCGGAGGGUGCGGGCAAAAGAGGCUAGUCUAAGAAAGGAACUUGCCACGGCUGCAAAAAAGGCAGUAAAUAUUGACAUUGGUUUUGAAAAAGCAGAGCCAACUGACUCAGGGGCUCAAAAGGGAGCAUUUCUGGGAGAAGAGAGACUUGAAAGGCGACAGACAAGACCCUUUAGAUCUGCCUCGUUUACUUCACCUAAGAUUUUUGAUUCCAUAAAGGAAUUAUUUGAUUCCAAAAUAAAGAAGAGAGGGCACUCUGUAAGCAGUCUGAAUGAUGAUGUUCUUUUGCCCAUGGCGGUCUGUGUUUCAGCGAGGAUACCUGCGAAACCACUGCAUGUCCUGGAAGCACAUGAAUUAGGGAUCAAUGCUGUGAAGUUUAGUCCAACGUCUAAGCUGUUGGCUACAGGAGGCACAGACUGCAUCAUUAAGCUGUGGGACGUGAUUGGAGGAAAGCUGCACAGCGCAGGAACGCUGGAGGGCAGUAAUGAAGGGAUAACAAGCAUAGAGUUUGACCCGACUGGGACCAAAGUUUUAGCUGCCUCAUAUGACAAGUCAGCUCUGUUUUGGAAACUGGAUGACUCUGCACCUAAAUUCACAUUGACCGGUCAUUCUCGCAAAGUGACAUCAGCCAAAUUUAAAUCAAGUUUUCGUCAGGCUGUGACUGGCAGUGCGGAUCGAACCGUGAAGAUUUGGGAUCUACAAAGGGCUGCCUGCGUGAAGACCAUCAAUGUUUUCUCCUUCUGCAGUGAUGUCGUCUGCUCAGAGUACUUUAUUGUGAGUGGGCACUUUGACAAGAAGAUACGGUUCUGGGACAGCAGAGCUGCAAGCUGCACGCAAGAAGUCCCUCUCCAGGGAAAGGUGACAUCGCUGGAAAUCAGUCCUGACCACACACAGCUGCUGAGCUGCUCCCGGGACGAGUGUCUUCAGGUGAUUGACCUCAGAAUGAACAACAUCAGGAAAUCUUUCAGGUCUGAGGGGUUCAAGUGUGGCUCUGACUGGACAAAGGCAAUAUUUAGUCCUGAUGGGAGCUAUGUGACUGCAGGGUCUUCAAAUGGGGCUGUCUAUGUCUGGAAUGUGAACUCGGGACUUCUGGAGACCUGCCUACCUGAACAACACAGCUCUUCUGUUAAUGCGGUUUCCUGGUCCUUGUCUGGGGAGUAUGUUGUAAGUGUGGACAGAAGUAGAAGAGCUGUCCUCUGGAGUGACAUAUGAGCUUGACUCAAGGGACAGAGGAAUUAAGACAGAUGUUACAGAGCGCAAGAACCACUGGCCCAUUCCGAAGCCAGUAACAACUCUAUCAACCGACAACACGAGCCAAAAGAAUGAUUUCCAAAAAUCCACUUCCAAAGACGGUGUUGAGUUCUCUAUGAUGUGUCCAACUUUGGACAAUCAUCUUGAAGCUGAUUCCUGGCAGGAUGUUGGCUUUUUUUUGGGGUGGGGGUACUUGAACAAAGCAACUGCAUAAUGGAAAAUGUGCUAAACUCUUGGCCAUAUAAAGUGGAGGAUGGUCAUGCAAACAACUGUUUGUUGGGUGCAGCCAACCUUAUUAUCCCAUUGAGAAAAUGACAGCAGUAAUGCUAUGAAGAAAAUCCCACUCUUAAGAAUUCUUUAUCAAGGAACUCAGUGAGGAUUUUAGAGGGCACUACAAAGCCAUUUUUCAUAUUAAGUAAAUGGUUACUGUAUAUAUAACAAUAACAUAUGCAUUUUUAUAUAGCGACUUUCAUAGUGGACCACCAUCACAAAGCACUUUACAGAGGUAGGCUGUGAACUGUGCAUUAUAGGACACUGAUUUAACAUCUCAUCUGCAGGAUGGAGCACAAGGAGGUUAAGUGACUUGCUCAGGGUCACACAGUGAGUCAGUCAUUGGGAUUUGAACCAGUGACCAUCGGUGGCAGAGGUAGGAUUUGAACCGGUGACCUGUUUAUAAGCCCAGGACUUUAACCACUGGACCACACUGCCUCCUUAUGCCCAUUCUAUAUGCACAUUCUGUCGAUAUUGUGUAUUAUUUCUAUUGACUGACCAGUUUCAAGCUCACCCAAAGUGCCUGAAGCAUGGCCCAAAAGCAGGGCAUUCUACAGAAAGAGAAAGUACUUUAGUCAUUAACUAUGUUCAAUAUACUCUGUUUUGUAGUGCAAGCCUACAGUUGUCUUAAAGUGGAAUACGCAAUCUUUUAAUUCAUGGUCAAAGUAGGAUUUGAAUCAAGACAACUUUUAGGCACGACUGCUGCCCAGUCAUAAAAUGAAGGUGAGUGUUAGAUGAGGUUUUUUAUAUGUUGAUAGUAUUAUUAUAGUCAUGGAUGGCUUUAUGCUAAUGAAUGCCAUAACCCAAGGCACUUAUAAAAAUGGCUGCUUUAUAAUUAAACAUAACCUGCUCAUUGAUUUUUAUUUUGGCAUUCAUAGAUGUGUUAUGGUGGUGGUCAUCAAAUCAAUAAAAUUACAAGAGGCAUACUCAUUUAUCAUACUCAUUUGUAUCAGCAAAACUAUACAAACCUCACGGUAGAAGCACCUUUCGAAUUUCAUCUUGUGAGUGAAAAUGAAAAAGGAGGAAAACUUUGAACAAUGUCUUUAUUUUGAAUGUUUUGUUUCUUUUCCAUUUUACUGUGCUGGGUGUAGUGAGAGCAAUAAUGGCAGCAGCUUGUUAUGUUACUCACUUGUGUGUGCUUUAAGAAACAUAGAAUAUAUCAAAUACCAUAUAGGUCAGAAAACAUUAUUAUCACACAGUAAUACAGGAUGUCUCUCAUUGGUUUUGGCCUGGUAAUGCACUCAUGGCUGUGCCACUCUUGCAUUACUGCCCCAAAACCAACUUGAGACAUAUUAUUCUGUGAUAAUAUAUUUUGAUCCAUACAUUGUUCUAUUUAUAAAUGUCAUUGUCAAAGGUACCUAAUGGUGUACGGUUUUGUAUUUGGUAUGCCCCACUUUUGUUUGGGAUGAAUAUGUAUUUUUUUAAUAAUGUUUUCAUUGUAUGAAAAUUGUCCGAAAGGGAGUUGUUCAAAAAACAAAAUAAGAUAAAACACUGUGGCCAAUUGAUAUGGUAACUACUAGGCAGUGGCUAGAAGCUGAUUUACAUAGUACUUAAUGAUUUAAUAUUUUGUUUCACAAUUUGCACUUCAAAAAGGAAAUCACAGAGAAACACCACUUGUUUACUCAUGAGAUCAGAUGUAGCCAAUUUGCAUGCCACUGACAAGUGAUAUAUCAGAGGCUUUAUCUUGGGAAUUGCUUCGGCAUUUAUUACAAUACAUUGUUCCAUGGUUUGGAUUUAACUCUGUAAACAGGUUUUGGGUAAAAACACAAAACAAAUAAUGGAAAAUAUGAAAUGUAUACAUAUUGAGAGAGUUCGGUGGUACUAUACUGUGCCACAGGUGACGAUUUAGUUUUGUCACAAAAAAGUUUUAAUGAAAGUUUGGCACUUCAACUUAGGAGACCAGUUUGCUCAUAUUUAUGUAAAAAAAUCAAGUUUUAAUGUCUGUGGUUGUGCUUUAAAAAUUCAGAGACAUUAUUGUUUCCUUAUUGUUUCUUAGCAUUCCACAGCCAGAAGCGAUGAUAUAAUCAGGUAUCUUCAUGACUUUAGAAGUAGCUACGAUAUAAGUCAGCUGGAAGAGACAAUAUAAUGUCAGUGCCAUAUUUUCAGUGCCAUAGUUUGCAGUUACUCUGAAGUGAAGCAACCACAGUAAUUGGGUUUGAGAUCUAAUUUGUACUGAUUCACUCAUACCUAGUUAAACAACGGUUUGCCCAAUGUGGCAGAGAGAAUUAUUCAUGACCGAAGGUAUUGCUGGAUUUAGUUUACCACAUUCUGUGAACUGUAUUCUGUGUGUUCUAUGAAAAUCCUGCACAAUGUUUGGGUAAUGUUUUCCUCGAGAGUGUAUGCGUUGUGUAAUAUUAUUGUCUGUAUCUUAUGCAUGUAUCAUAGUUUUAAUAUGACAGGUAAGGGAAUGUAUCCUUGAUCAUCCACUCCCUCUGGAAGGACAGCUGGAAAAAGGUUGUUAGGUUGUUAGCUCAGCACAGCUCACUGUUGAGGAAAGUGCAUUCACACUACGAGAUUCGGAAGAGAAAAUGGAAGUCUGACUUUCUUGUGGGAAUGUUAAUAAAUGUGCAUAAGGGGUGCAAUACAAAUAGCUUAAAGGACUUAAACUCCUGUUGCUAGUUUUCUGUAGCAUUCUAUGCAAAGUCUGUAAUUCAAGAAAUCCUAAGUAAUCCUAUAUAUUAAUUAAACUAUGUGAUACAUACAAGAAUAUAUAGGGUUACAUAGGCACUUAUAUAGGUAAUUUCAGACUCUACCUACAACAAGGGAAUACAUAUGCUCAGCCUUCAUUACAGUAUUAACUGAAUAUUUUUCGACAGCACUACUUUUACUUGCAAUAUACUUCUUUCAAAGGGAAUGGCAAUACAGAAUUUACCAUGUCGAUGUUCUUGAGAGUUUCUGUAGGUUUAUUAAAAACAGGUCAACUUGGCUGUUCAGGAAAAGGGAUCCACUCUGUUUAAAGACUUGUACUGUAGGUACACGUCUGCUUUGUAGCCAUUCGGAUGGGAAAAUAUAUCUGGGGGAUACAAACAGUCUGUUGAUGUGUUACUUUGAUUGCAAAUAAACAGUAAUUGCAACAUG